GCCGCCAAAUGCUGCUGCGAAUCGCGCACAGCUCGAUUGCCGCUCGCUGCGUUUAGCCAGGCUACGCGUAUUCUCGUCUUCGGCCAGUGUCGUCGUCGUUGUCGUCGCUAGUUCGUCCAUCGUCAGAGUCCGGCUCUUCGCUGCGAAUUAUAUCAUGCGAAUUUUCGGCAAUGUUGUCUCAGUUCUAUUUUGUAUUUCGUGCGCCGCGAAUCGGUUCUAAUAGCCGCACGAUCGGCUCCGCUCAUUAAACAAUACGUUCGCUAUCGUAUGGUCAGCGAAACUAUGUGAAACUUAAAUUACUUGAACUACAUUAGUACAUAAAAAAAAAAAAAAAAAAAAAAAAUGAAAAUGUGUGUAACAUUUAAAUAGUAUAAUAAAUAAAUAACUUUAUCUUUGCGAGCUGCAGUCCCCAGUUGCUCACUUGCCAGACAUUUGAACAAUAUUAAAUUUUUAAUGCAUCUGCGGGCAACGCAUUUCAUGCACAGGCAACCGCUGACACCGCCCCCGGCUCUGCCGCUGCCUCUGCCACUGCUGACCUUGGCAGUCUAGAGUGUCAACAACAACAACAACAGCAACAGCAACAACAAUGGCUAGCAGCAAUGAUACGACGCCGCUCUAUUGCGGCACGGGCAUGGAUAAUUUCCAUACGAGCUAUAAGAACAUGCACGGCUACAUCUCGCUGGUGGUUUGCAUACUUGGCACCAUUGCCAAUACCUUGAACAUCAUCGUGCUGACGCGGCGAGAGAUGCGCUCGCCCACGAACGCGAUUCUGACGGGCCUGGCCGUGGCGGACCUGGCCGUCAUGCUGGAGUAUAUACCGUACACGGUGCACGAUUACAUACUGAAGGACAGUCUGCCCCGGGAGGAGAAGCUGAGCUAUGGCUGGGCCUGCUUCAUCAUGUUCCACUCGAUCUUUGCCCAGGUGCUGCACACGAUCUCCAUCUGGCUGACUGUGACGCUGGCCGUGUGGCGCUACAUUGCGGUGGGCUAUCCGCAAAAGAAUCGACUGUGGUGCGGCAUGCGCACCACCAUAAUAACCAUCACCACAGCGUAUGUGGUGUGUGUCCUGGUGGUUUCGCCCUCGCUCUAUCUGAUCACGGCCAUUGCCGAAUGGAUGGAGCAGCUGGAUGCGGAGGGCAAUGUGAUAAAGAGCGUGCCCGUGAGCCAGUACUUGAUCGACUAUCGAAAUGAGCUGCAAGCCGCCGCGUUUCCUGCACUAAAUGCCACGCCCCUCAGCCUAAUGGCCAACGAUACCCAAGGGCUGAACGUGAGCGUGUUGAGCACCACGCCCAUGCCGACCACCGCUGUGCCCCCGCCCACUGUGGUGCGCAACGUGACCGUCUAUCGGCUGUCCCACAGCGACCUGGCCCUGCACAAGCCCCUGCUGCUGAAUGCCACGUUCCUGAUCUACAGCGUGGUCAUCAAGCUGAUACCCUGCAUCGCACUGACCAUACUCUCGGUGCGGCUCAUCCUGGCGCUGCUGGAGGCCAAGCGGCGGCGCAAGAAGCUGACCAGCAAGCCGGCCUCGACGACGUCGACGGCGGUGGCGUCCAGCAACGGCACCAAGACCGUGGUCAACGGCAAGUCGGCCGAGCGGCCGCGCAAGAACAGCAAAACUCUGGAGAAGGAGAAGCAAACGGAUCGCACCACACGCAUGCUGCUGGCGGUGCUGCUGCUGUUCCUCAUCACCGAGUUCCCGCAGGGCAUCAUGGGGCUGCUGAACACGGUGCUGGGCAAUGCAUUCCUGCUGCAGUGCUAUCUCAAGCUGAGUGACCUCAUGGACAUACUGGCUUUAAUCAAUUCCAGCAUCAAUUUCAUACUCUACUGCUCCAUGAGCAAACAAUUUCGCAGCACAUUCACGCUGCUGUUUCGCCCAAAGUUUCUGGACAAGUGGCUGCCCGUGGCGCAGGAUGAGCUGACAGCGACCAGGGCGGAUGGACUGCAGCGCUCGGUGGUGGCGGCGGCACCUGACAAGUGUCAGUCGAUACACAAGCAGCCACAAGUGGUGACACUGGCUGCCACCACCACUACAACAACCACCCAAGUGACGAAUCUGUAGCACGCAACACAGCAGCAGCUGCAAGCGCGUGGCCAUGUGGCUGGCGACAAUACCCGGGAGCAGAGGCCAUGCCAUGCCAUUGUCGUCGUGGUGGACAGUGCCAGCGGUGCAGUGGAUCAUCGUCUGUGCAGAGGUGAAGCAUUGCCACUCACGUAGUUUCGCGGACGUAAUUAGAUAUAGCUGAUAAUGUAAAUGAAAUUCAAUAAAAAUAAAGUAUAUAUAUAUAAAUAUAUAUGUAUGCAUAUAUAUAUUUGGUCCAAAUUUACAGUUUACGGUUGAAAAGUUGUUCUGUGGUGCGCACGCAAUAAAAAAAUGCAUACAUUAGGGCGUUUUGCAUAACAUCAGCCAAACUUGAUAGAAUAACAAUGCAAAGAAUAAACAGAUAAUAAUGCACAUCAUUCAUACGCACCAUUGACUUGGCAAUGCCAUUUUCAAAAUAAAAAUUCAACGAACUCUGUGUGCACAUGCAAGGAUACGCGCCUGUCGAGUGCAAAUCAAACAGGAUGACUAACCGUCUGAUAAAUAAUUACAUUUGAAUAACAAACAAAGAAAGAUAUUGUAUAUAUAUGAACAUUUAUACAAUUUAUAUUGAUUAA